UGGUGUUGCGCAUUGCUGCUUUCACAGUUCGCACCAUCCGGCGGAGGAAGAUGGAGGCGCAGGCGACCCACCGGCGAGCCGGAGACCGCGGCGGCGGUGGCGACGGCGGGAGCUCCUCCGCCUCCAUCGCCAAGCACCUCGCAAACCAGAGCCAGGUCUUGAAGUGGCUGCAAGAUUUCUCUGAUAAGGUGGAGGAGAGAGCUAAAGGAGCCGCUGCAGAAGUCAAUGUGUUGUUAGAUGAGGCUGGGGCGCUGGAGCUGGAUAUGAAGACCGCGAUGAUCUCCUUCAACAACCUGACCCGCCAAAGGUUCAUUGAACAUAAAAUUUCAGAUGAAGAUAGUAUGCAUCUGAAAACAACGGAGAGUAUGCAUGGUUCUCUGCAAUCCCAAGUGCCAGCUCAGGAUUAUGAACGUGAUAUUUUACCAAGAUACAAAGAAGCAUUACACAUAGGACUUUCUUCCUGUAAGGACCACUUCCGAAGCAAGGGACGCUCUACCACCUCUGUGUUCAGGGCUAUGUCUGCAUAUGGCCCUCUUCCACAUAUAAUUGGUUCUGAAGAGUACAUUCAUGAUAACAGCUGUGGUCUGGCAGAUGAUAUGCAGCCUCUAAGUGAUGACUUCAGUUGGUUGCGGGAGUUUCAAAGUGAGUCUUCAGACUCACGGACUGCUGAUAUCUCUGAGUCUCAAAUUUUCGGGGCUCAGCGAGGUUAUGAGAAGGGGGAAACUGACUCUGUGGUUUCUGCUGCACGAGAAUUCAAGGCAAUGCUGGAGGCUGCACUUGUUAAUCCCUAUAAGUUCUAUGAUGAUGCAACUAUUACAGCGCAAGAUGCUUCUGUAGAGAAGAAGAUAAGCACAAGUGAGGACCAAGUUAUGCUGACAGGGACAAGUGAAGCACCGAGUGGAAGAUCAGCACAAGAAGAUAACUCUGAACAGACAGGACUUUUUGCAAGCUUGCAAAGCGCAGAUGCCAAUCCUCAUGACAUCUAUUCUGCUUUGGUUAGAGAAGGCCUGUUUGAUACUGGUGAUGAGAUUCUGUCUAUGGAUAGAGGGGAGUCUGCUGAUACUCCUAUUUCAGGCCUAGCGUCAGGUUUAGCAAAUCUUGGCACUGCUGAUCCAGCUGAAAGGGGCUACUCAAUAAACGAGACUACAAAUGAGGAGGGAUACUUGAUUGAAGGGGAUGAUCCAUCACCAUCAAACAAAGACGAACAAGAUGACCAAACUGAUGCACAUGGUGUGUCUUCGCCAGAGCCAGAAGAUGGUGUUUCUAGACCAUCCUAGCCAUGCUGAUAUUGGUUGAUUUCUUCUCGAGUGCAGUUCAUUCUGUCAAAAUCUACUGUAGACGCUGGUGAAGCAACUGAAUGGCAAUGAUUUAGACGAGGAACACACUUUUGCUGCCAUGUGCUGAGUGCUGUAGACUAAGAAAUUAUAUACUCCCUUUGUUUCAGGUUAUAAGACGUUUUGAUUUUUGGUCAAA